AUGCUUGGAAUUGGAGGCCUCUCUGACGCCUCCUUCCGGGGCGACGAGCGUUGGAGGAAAGCAGCGAAAUGGACAGGCUACGCACCCUGGUUUGUGCUGGCGAUAGGCCUCCUAAGCAUGGCCGAGAUCGCACUUGGUGCCGUAUGGAUUGCCUCGCUGAGCACGGACCUGAACUUCGGUCAAGUCAUCCAACCCAUCCUCAUCCCCGGGCUGGCCUUCUUCAAUGCGAUCCCCUCUCUCCAUCUGCACGUGCUCGCCCGGGUCAAUCCGCCUCGACUGGCACUGUGGUUUUCCACAACGCUCUCGAUUAUCCAUUUCGUCAGCUCAAUCCUCUUCAUGGGCGCCUGCGUCGGAAACCACGACGCGCACGGCUCGUUGCAGCGCAAUGAAUGCCCCGCGGCCACCGGCGGGAACGAAGAUAUCUGGGACGUCAUGGUCGCACUGCAGUUCAUCAGUGCAGUGCUGUACGGGGCGGUUGCGGCCAUAGCCUGGAAGGUCAGGAAGGUGAUCGAGGCGAGGGACGAGAGGAUCGCCCAGGGCGUGGAAAUGGUGAGCGAGGAAGAGAAGCAGCGCAGGGAGAGCGAGGCGAGGGAGAGGUGGAAGUAUCUUUCUGCAGGUUAA